ACGUCAAUAAGUUGAUCAAGCUGUUAUUAGCCUGGGUUGUUUUCCUUCGUGGACUCGCCUCAGUAAUAUUAAUGACGGGGUUGAGAUUACACACAGACUCCCCGAAAUAAAAAACGGAACUGACAUUUAAUCCGACGCUUAAGGAUAUGCCAUCCGACUUCGUAACGUAGCUACAGAGUCAGCCUCGUGUGGACAACAAGCCGAGUGUUCAGUAAGCCCGCUAACAGGAGGUUAGCCCCGCAAAUCUCCACACCGAGCGCCGCUCAUGCUCGCUUUUCCUCCACGUUCUCCCUGGUGUGUGGCCGGCCUUUGUACUCUGUCAGUCCGCGGUGUCGCCGGGUGAGAAUGAACUGGCUCUUCCCCCUGUCCAAAGGCUCCGGAUCUCUCCCCCCUCUCAACAGCCUACAGCAACAAAGACAGCGGCAGAUCGAGUCGCUCAAGUCCGCUCACCCCAGUCUUGCAGAAAUCCAGAAAGAUGUGGAGUACAGAAUACCGUUCACAGUCAACAACUCCACCAUCAGUGUUAACAUUCUGCUGCCUCCUCAGUUCCCCCAGGAGAAGCCCGUGGUUAGCGUCUACCCUCCUGUGGGUCAUCAUCUAGUUGACAGCAAUAAUGGCACCAUGAUCACCAGCCCCCUCAUCAGUAAUUUUGGGAUGCAUUCAGAUCUGGGGAAAGUUAUUCAGAGUCUGCUGGACGAGUUCUGGAAAAGUCCUCCUGCCUUGAUGUCUGCUGGGCCCGCUGGGUUUUCAUACAGUAUGUACAAGCCAUCCGGCAUGGCUCCAUAUCCCGCUCAGUCCUUCCACUACGGCGCACGCCAUGUGGGUCCCAGUCAGACGCCGCCUCCUGGCCCGGGCCCAGCUCCCACGCCCAUGCCUCACCCGGGGGCCGACGGCGCCCACGGACCCCCUCGAGCCCCGGCACCUUACGGACUCAUCUCUGACCUGCCGCUGCCUGUACCCACCGUGGACUCCCAGGCUGGACUGAAUGGACACAUGUACAAGAUGCCUGAGAUCCCCGAGUCUUUUCCUGAACUCUCUGACAUGAGCCGCAGCGUCACCCAGCUGUCAGACAUGUCUGAAAACGAGGACGUCUUACUGGAGUUCUUUGUGAGUUUGCCUCAACUCAAACAGGUCACCACUGACAAAGAAGAGCUGGUCACCAAUAUCGUGGACAUGGCGAAGAAAAACCUUCAGAUGGAGCCCCAGCUGGAAGGCAAAAGACAAGAGAUGCUCUAUAAAUACGAACAGCUGACUCAGAUGAAGCAGGCUUUUGAGACAAAGAUGCAGAGACAGCAUGAGCUCAGUGAGAGCUGCAGCCUGAGCACUCUACAGGCUCGGUUAAAAGUCGCAGCCCACCAGGCAGAGGAGGAGUCAGAGGAGACGGCGGAAAACUUCCUGGAAGGACGCACCGACAUCGACGAGUUCCUGACCAGCUUCAUGGAAAAGAGAACGCUCUGCCACAGCAGACGGGCCAAAGAGGAGAAGUUGCAACAGUCCAUCAACACACACGGACAGUUUCCCACCAGUCAUUAGAACACAGGGUUUGGUGUUUUUUCAGCCAACUGCUGCCAAUAUCACAGGAAAAGACAUUAUCGGGGCAGACAAGCACACUGAAUCAACGGCAGGCACUUUGGGUUAGGAGGGAGAUGCCGACGGAAAUCCUGGGGUAAAAUAAGAAGCCUGUUGUGUCCAGAUUUGACAGAUAAAAAAAAAAAAGUAACAAAAGUACUGUUGAUGUUGAAUUGCAACAGAAAAAAAGAUGGAUAAACCUUUGAAGUCACCACAUGAGGCCAAAACUGUGAGAAUGAGCGACUGGGGGAGACACUCGUCUCUAUUGUCUCCUUACUAAGGAUCGAUCACAUUGUGGAUAAUUUUAUUGCACAUUCUGUUUGUCCAGUUUUGACUUGACGGUGAUGA